UAUCGAAAACGCUAUCGCACACUUGACACCUCUAGUAUUUAUCAAUAAAAUUAAAUUUCAACUUAAAUUACUAGUUACUACGCUCCCCCACCCUUAAUUAAUGGCAAAAUGCUAAGUACAAUGCCUUUCAAGCCAGCGCUGCAGCAAGUGACGUCACUCAACUGAAACUCAACCAGACAAGAGCCACCAAGCAACAAAGCGCCGCAGCAACAAAAGGGAAUCAAUAACAAAAAGAGCGACGAAAACGCGUAAUUUCGUGGUCAAUUUGCAUACAUCGGACGGGGCAAGUCGGUCGGUAGGGCGGUUAGGUAAUAGAGAUAGCCACUCGACGACGCGCGACGCACACACCGCACAGGAAGAUGAGUAAGCUGGAAACGGAUUCGGACAGCUCAGAGGAAUUUUUCGAUGCCGAAGACACAACGCCCAAUCGCCACUCUACGCUGAGUCGCAAGCUGCCGCCUGAAGUGGCCCAGGAGUUCAUAUUUCCCGAUCCAGCUGUUCGGGUCAAUGCGGCGGCCUCAUCGGACAGCGAUGCAACACCCAUUGGCGCUGGAACGCCCGCCACCCGGAGUCCCACCAACAGCCUGGGUGCCCGGCUAAAGGAUGCAGCAGGCGGCGGCGUCGCCGGAGUGUUUGCUGAGCCGAAGCCAGUUUCCGGAUCUUAUGGUGGUAGACAGCGCUUUCAAGAACUGCGUCAGUUCAUGCAGAACGAUGAAGAUGAUAAUCCAGGAAACACACUCACACCUGAUUCUCAGAAUAGCUCGACGGAUGGCAUUUUCACCAGCCGGUCGACGCAUCCGUUUAAGGUCAUCGAGACCGAUACGAUGAGCAUACAGAGCAUGACGUCACUGGGUCGCGUGGGCCGAAUCUUGGCCGGCAGCAUCGAUCCCUCUGCCAUUAGCAUAGAUCGCGAGUCGCUGGCCUCGUUGAAUGCGCAGCAGCAAAAGCAGCAGGCACAGCAGCAGCAGCAACAGCAGGUACAGCAACAGGGACAGGCAGUAUCCAAUACCAAUCCACCGAGCACUGGCAACACCUCCUCUUCCGGUCUGAAUACGCCCAGGGUUUCGCCAAAGCAUCAGCAAGGCAGCAAGGAGUCGGCAGUGGCUGCCACAAUUGCGACAGGAGCUGCCAGCGGGAUCAUGCUGCAGGAGCCGGAUGUGAUAGCAAGCACCAAGCUUGCCCAGUCAAAGACCACGGACUCCAUCACCUCAAGCGGACCUGUGGCGCCGCCGCGAAGAAAGAAAAAUUCUCGAAACUUCUCCAACAGUUCCUCCUCCGAGCCGCAGGCCGACAAUGAAGACACCGACAGUGACACGCGUUCGGUGAAGAGCGUCCAAGGUUUUCAGCAGAAGUUUGUCAUGGAGUUUGAGAGUUCACUGAAUGAUGCAUCUACCGCCUCAGCUUCCAACACCACCUUGACCUGCUCCUCCACGAAUACGAUCGUUUCUGCCUCGGCUUCGACUACGGCGGCGUCCUCGUCGCUGCCAUCGACAAGUGCGAUUCAUAUGCGUAACCUCGCCUCUUCGGUGACAAUUUCCGGACCCAAAUCCUCGCAAUCCUUGGGCAGCAGCUCAACGUCGGUGCAUUCGAAACCAAGUCCCUCGAAUUCGGCGAAAAGCAACUCGGCACCGGGAAGGGUUAGUUCCAUUGAUCCCAAUCAGGGUCUCAACCUGUUCAAGGCCAUUCAGGGUGGCUAUGUGGUCAAGCCACGCGAUGAGGCCAGCAACAAGGCGCAGGGUCCGUCCCAAGAUGAAAUCGAGCGCAUCGAAAAGAUGCUAAUGGAGAAUGCGAAUCGACCCAAGCUGGCGGGCACAGGAUCCAACAGCUUGGGCAGUGCCACACGCUAUCCCGGUUUCUAUCGCGUUACCAACGACAAGGAGCGGCGCAAGUCUGCUGGCGACGAGGACGUGCUCAAGCAGAUGAAUAUCUAUGUACGCACUCGCACCAGCUCGGGCAAGCAGUUAACAGACUUUGAGAUACUCGAACAAGUUCCUGUGAAGAAUUUGGACACCGGCGAGAACAUGCCGCUCUCCGAAAUGCGUUCACCACCCGUGCCUGAGGGCUGGAACCCGCUCUCGCUACACAUCCUGAAACUGACCUCGCAUCUGGAGGUGAUCCAGAAGGAGUCGGAUGAGGAGAGUGUUAUUGGCAUACCGCCCAGCAUUGAGGGACAGGUGCCCGACGAGGAGGAGCUCGAGACGGAGGACGGGAGUCGCCUCAAAAAGAAGACGGCGCGAAUUAAACGCUUUUUUGGCACCACCAUGAGGAAGACUGUGGACAAGGCCAAGUCGAUUGCAUCGGAAGUGUCGCAUGCGCGGCACAAGGAGGAUGUGGCGGAUAUCGAGGAUGCCAUGAAUCCCGAGCAGAAUAUCAAAAUCAAGGCCUCGUCGUCCAACAAGGGGCCGUAUGAGUUUACCAAGCUGCAGCAUGUUCAGGAUUUGAGUGGCGAGGACACCAGCGCUGUGUGGUGCAUGAAGUUCAGUUCCUGCGGACGCCUGUUGGCCACUGCCGGGCAGGAUAAGGUGCUGAGGAUUUGGGUUCUUAAAGAUGCCUAUCCAUUCUUCCAGGACAUGCGCAACAAAUACAAUGCCGAUCAAAAAUCCUCGCCCACGCCCUCGCAGGAGUCCCUAGUUUCGCAGCAUUCGGCAGAGGAAGCCAUUGCCAUGGCCACUGCCGCCGAGAAGUGCCCUGGUCCGUUCAUGCCCAAGCCAUUCUGCACCUACAAUGGACACACCUCGGAUCUGCUGGACGUCAGCUGGUCGAAGAAUUACUUCAUUCUGUCGAGCAGCAUGGACAAGACUGUGCGGCUCUGGCACAUAUCCAGAAAGGAGUGUCUCUGCUGCUUCCAGCAUAUCGAUUUUGUCACGGCCAUUGCCUUUCAUCCUCGCGAUGAUAGGUACUUUUUGAGUGGGAGCCUCGAUGGCAAGCUGAGACUGUGGAACAUACCCGACAAGAAGGUGGCUUUGUGGAAUGAGGUCGAUGGCCAGACGAAGCUUAUAACGGCCGCCAACUUUUGCCAGAACGGGCAAUUCGCCGUGGUGGGCAGCUACGACGGUCGCUGCAUAUUCUAUAACACGGAUCAGCUGAAGUAUCACACGCAAAUACACGUACGCUCCACCCGGGGCAAGAAUCGCAUUGGACGCAAAAUCAGUGGCAUUGAACCAAUGCCCGGCGAGGACAAGAUUCUGGUUACCUCCAACGACAGCCGCGUACGCCUCUACGAUCUGAGGGACUUGAACUUGUCGUGCAAGUACAAGGGCUACCUGAACGUCUCCUCGCAGAUCAAGGGCUCCUUUAGCCACGAUGGAAAGUACAUCAUUGCGGGAUCUGAGAAUCAGUGCAUAUAUAUAUGGAAAACUAAUCAUGAUUACUCCAAGCUCAGUUCGGUUCGUCGCGAUCGCAGUGAUUUCUGGGAGGGCAUCAAAGCCCACAAUGCCACGGUGACUUGUGCCAUAUUUGCGCCACACCCGGAGGCCAUCAUUAAACCCGAACCCGAUGAAAUCUCAAUGGAAAAGUUGGCUCACAAUCAGCCCGAUCCACUCGUUGAGCAGCACAAAAAGGGCUGCGGCUAUGUGCUGGUCAGUGCCGAUUUCAAUGGCGCCAUCAAAGUGUUUAUCAACAAGACGAAGCCGAAGCACAGCAGCUUACCAUACACAGCCAUCGCGGAUUAGUCUAUAGGUAGACGAUGAAAAGAAAAUAGAAGAGUAAAGCUUGUAUUUUACUAUA